CUGCUCACGAACAGUCCGGAACCACAGUAGACGAUAACUUCGCCAUGAGACUAAUCAUCAGAGACGAUCCGCAGAGUGCUUCCAAGUACAUCGCGGACUACAUUAUUGAGCGCAUCAACACAUUCAACCCAACACCAGAGAAGCCCUUCGUUCUCGGCCUGCCCACUGGAAGCAGUCCUGUACUCGUAUAUCAGAAUCUGGUCCAGCGGUACAAAGCCGGCGAAAUAUCCUUUCGCAAUGUAGUUACCUUUAAUAUGGACGAAUACGUCGGCAUCCCGCGCGAACACCCGGAGAGCUACCACAGUUUCAUGUACAAGCACUUUUUUUCUCAUGUCGACGUCGACCCUGCCAAUAUCAAUAUCCUGAACGGAAACGCCCCAGACCUUGAGGCUGAGUGUUACGAGUACGAGGAAAAGAUCAAGAAAGCCGGCGGAAUUGAGCUGUUUCUGGGCGGGAUAGGACCCGACGGACACCUUGCCUUUAACGAGCCGGGAUCCAGUCUCAAAUCGCGGACCCGCGUCAAAACCCUUGCCUACGACACCAUUAUCGCUAACUCCAGGUUCUUUGGCAAUGAUCUGGACCAAGUGCCGAGGAUGGCCUUGACGGUGGGCGUGCAAACGGUCUUAGACGCCCGAGAAGUCGUCAUCAUCAUCACUGGCGCCCAUAAAGCCCUUGCACUUCAAAAGUGUAUUGAGGGUGGUCUGAACCAUAUGUGGACCCUAUCUAGCCUUCAAUUGCACCCGCAUCCUAUGAUCGUCGUCGACGAAGAUGCUACCCUCGAACUGCAGGUCAAGACUGUCAAGUACUUCAAGAGCAUUGAGAGGGUGGCCAAUGAGUUAGGAUUCCGUCAAAUGUUGCCUCAAAAACGCGACUCCCUCGUCGAUGACCAUCUCCUCUUUGCUCCGGUUCCUCAAGAUAAUGGCGUCAAACUAGACGUUCCGCAGCUCGACAUAUCGCGCUCCGCCAGCCCAGUAUUGGAACCCAUGAGCGCUCGUAUUUCCGAUGACCCGGCCAGGAUGCUGAAAGCCAUGGAUUCAAACGAGGAUCCGCAAUUGCUCCCGAUGCACACUCGUGUCUCCAACUAAGGAUUUUGGGUACCGAUGGAUUGAUCACGUUUCACCUGAUAGACGGACAUUCGUUUCAAGCGAUUGGCCUUCGCUUCAUAUUGGAUAUGGUCAAAUAACGGUGGAACCCUUUGAUAGGGCCCAAAUUGUCGGUAAUGGACGAUUGCUUGCUUUAGUAGCACUGAUAAUUGUUAGCAUAGAAAUGGUUGAGAUCGUAAUGGGCUCGGGUGUUUUUGAUGACAUGAUGGGAUGCAUUUGCGAUGACUAGAGGCAUGAACAUGAGAUACCCGUGUGUGUAU